UGAACUGCUCAUCUGUCAUUUCCUCAACAUCAGUGAACACUUAAGAUGUGAAAAAGAGGUGGAGAAACAGUCAAAGAUGGAUCUCACUUGCCUCAAUUAUAGAGCGGAGAAUUUUGGUGAACAUAGUUUCACAUCUCCACUGCACCCUGAUCCUGGACAUACCUCAGCAGACCCUGAACCAUUUACUCCUGAAUUGGUUGAAAACUGUGCUGAGGAUAGGAGCACGGAUGAAUACAGGUUUCUCUGCCCUCAUGCUGGUCAGUUUAUGUGCAAACUGACCAACCUUGUGUUUGAGAUGGAAGGGAAAGGGGAAGUGCUGUACAGAAUAGUGUCCUGGGACAGCAGUCAAUUGGAUGAAUUAGGCCAAAAGGAGCCUGCAGGGCCUCUGUACAAUAUUGACUGCCCUGAAGGUUCAAUCCGUCACGUGCAUCUUCCACACUGUGAGACCCGCAAAGACAAGGUUAAACUGACUGUGGCACAUGUGCACAGUGGUAAUGUGGAGACCAUUCAGCCACUAACAGUAACAAACACACAUGUGAUCAUACACAUUCAGAGUCUCUCCUGCUUUUGUUUAACAUUGCGAAGGAAUAGUUCUCCCAUCAGAGCCCAAGUUCUACUGUUCUACAAAAAAGAUACAGAGCACAGGAAGAGUAAACUGCACAUCCACCUGUUGCCAGCAAAUGUCUCAGUUAAAGAGGUGCAGAAUCAACACAAGAGCUACACAUACAUUGAGACAACCUCCAAUUGUGAUCUGAUCCCUGGUAAAAAAUACAGACUAUGCUAUAAAACUACUGACGGUGAUUGUGCACCCAAACCAGAGGGUGUGAAAUUUCAUCGUGACUAUGGCCCCAACUUUCACCCUACAUUUGAGGUGCUCUUAAAUAUCGAAGCUUCUGAAGUCACGUUAAUUCUUUUGGAUAAAAAAGGCAAGGAGGUGUGGACACCACCUGUAGUCUUGCUUACAGGUACAGGGGCAGACCCACUCAAAAUGGAAAUAAUAGGUGCUGACUUUGUGGAUCAACACAGAGAAACGCUCAUUCGGAGAUUUUCUUCAGUAAUGGAGGUUGCAGACUGUCUAAAAUGCAAGAACAUGAUUACUGAUGAAAUGUACAGUAACAUUCAGACAAAGUCAACACCUCAGGAUAAAAUGAGAGAACUGUACACAUGUCUCAACUCAGAGGGAAGAGCUGUGAAACAAGAAUUCUAUGAUUUCCUUGAAAGGAACCAAAGUGUGUUAGUAGAUGAUUUGAUGUCUGUAUCUGGUCAGGCUUAGUGAACAAUUAAUGGACUAAAUCUCACACUCUGAGUAAAUCACACACAUAGUAAAGAUCCAGGUAGCUGUUAAUA